UGGCAAAAGGAGUUUUUCCUUUUCCUCAUCUCAUGCACCAUGGCCCGCACAUAAGAAUAUCAACGCUGCCCGAUCAGCACCUUCACUAACUUGUCCUCUUGAGCGCCACAGACUCUUUCUUUGCGCAGAAGAAAGCAAGCGCUAGCGAGCCUGAUAAUCGGGUCAAUCAUCUAAAUGGGUAAUUCGUUUUGUUUUCUGUGUGGGUGCAUAGACCAGGCUAGUAUAGGCGUCAUCGAGAGGUGGGGCCGCUUCGAGAAAUUGGCUGAGCCUGGUCUCCACUUCUUCAACCCUUGCGCUGGUCAGUUUCUCGCCGGUGUCCUCUCCACCAGAAUUAGCUCCCUCGAUGUCCGCAUCGAAACCAAGACUAAGGACAAUGUGUUCGUACAACUGGUAUGCUCAAUUCAGUACAGAGUAGUCAAGGCAAAUGCUGAUGAUGCUUUUUACGAGUUGGCAAACCCUGAAGAGCAGAUUCAGGCUUAUGUUUUUGAUGUGGUUCGAGCUCUUGUUCCAAGAAUGACUUUGGAUGAACUCUUUGAGCAGAAAGGUGAAGUUGCUAAAGCUGUCUUGGAGGAACUUGAGAAGGUGAUGGGAGCUUAUGGAUACAGCAUAGAGCACAUUCUGAUGGUUGACAUUAUACCUGAUGCCUCUGUCCGUAAGGCAAUGAAUGAGAUUAAUGCAGCUCAAAGGCUUCAGCUGGCUAGUGUAUACAAAGGGGAAGCAGAGAAGGUGCUCCAAGUCAAAAAGGCAGAAGCUGAAGCUGAAGCCAAGUACCUUGGUGGGGUUGGUGUAGCCAGGCAGAGGCAAGCAAUAACAGAUGGAUUGAGAGAGAACAUCUUGAAUUUUUCUCACAAGGUGGAGGGCACCACUGCUAAGGAGGUGAUGGAUCUCAUCAUGGUCACCCAAUACUUUGACACAAUUAAAGACCUUGGCAACUCAUCUGAGAAGACUACUAUCUUUAUUCCCCAUGGCCCUGGCCAUGUAAGGGAUAUUGGUGAGCAAAUACGCAAUGGUAUGAUGGAGGCAGCCAGUGCACAGGUGAAUGCGGAUUAAACGGAGUGGGUAUGCUACUGAGUAUUAUCCCUUUUGCAUAGUAUGUCCAGAUUUUAAACACGUUUUUGUUGGUACUUCUGUUUGCAUAUAGCUUGAAUAGGAUGAUAUUGUACAGCAGGAUAGUGGUGCGUUGGCAAUACAAAGUCCAAUCAGGUCUAAAGAAUGCAACAUAAGGCAUCUACAGUUGCUUUUUUUUU